UGACAGUGGAUCUCCAUGAGGGAUGGUGGUAAUGGGUCUCAGAAGAUGGCAGUGAACGUAUACUCGACGUCAGUCACCAGUGAUAACCUAAGUCGACAUGACAUGCUGGCCUGGAUCAAUGAGUCUCUGCAGUUGAAUCUGACAAAGAUUGAACAAUUGUGCUCAGGAGCUGCCUAUUGUCAGUUUAUGGACAUGCUAUUCCCGGGCUCUGUUGCCUUGAAGAAAGUGAAAUUCCAAGCUAAGCUAGAACAUGAAUAUAUCCAGAACUUCAAAAUACUACAAGCAGGUUUUAAGAGGAUGGGAAUUGACAAAAUAAUUCCUGUGGAUAAAUUAGUAAAAGGAAAAUUUCAGGAUAAUUUUGAGUUCGUGCAGUGGUUCAAGAAGUUUUUUGAUGCAAACUAUGAUGGAAAAGACUAUGACCCUGUAGCUGCCAGACAAGGUCAAGAAACCGCGGUUGCUCCCUCUCUUGUUGCUCCAGCUCUGAAUAAACCGAAGAAACCUCUCAGCUCGAGCAGUGCAGCCCCACAGAGACCCAUUUCAACACAGAGAACUACUGCAGCUCCUAAGGCUGGCCCAGGGGUGGUGCGAAAGAAUCCUGGUGUAGGCAAUGGCGAUGAUGAAGCAGCUGAAUUGAUGCAGCAGGUCAACGUGUUGAAACUUACUGUUGAAGACUUGGAGAAGGAGAGAGAUUUCUACUUUGGAAAGCUAAGGAACAUUGAAUUGAUUUGCCAGGAGAACGAGGGGGAGAACGACCCUGUAUUACAGAGGAUUGUAGACAUUCUCUAUGCCACAGAUGAAGGCUUUGUGAUACCUGAUGAAGGGGGCCCACAGGAGGAACAAGAAGAGUAUUAACAGCCUGGACCAGCAAAGCAACAUCCGAAUUCUUCACUCCAAAUCAUGUGCUUAACUGUAAAAUACUCCCUUUUAUUAUUCUUAGAGGAUUCACUGGUUUCUUUUCAUAAGCAAAAAGUACCUCUUUUUAAAAGUGCACUUUGCAGAAGUUUCACUCCUUUUCCAAUAAGUUUGAGUUAGGAGCUUUUACCUUGUAGCAGAGCAGUAUUAACAUCUAGUUCGUUCACCUGGGGAUCAAAGAGGGGCUCACGAUGUGGAAUGC